AAUCGGGGUCCUUCUCUUUGCGCAUGCGCAGUAAAUGUUGCUGCCGUAGCCGGACAGCAGCACGGAGGACCAACACAGAAGGGAUGAUCUCCUCAUAUUUAUAAACAAUACCAACUCAAUAUCUCCACAAAAUGAAGUUUCCUUACUCCUAGAUUCCUGAGGAUAUGGUGAGGGGAACGCGUCUCAUGCUGCAUUAGUGGAAUAGUGACAUGCUGGCCUGUCUGCCGGCAUCAGGUGACCCUACCGUCAGACUUCUCUCCCGCACGCAGAUGAACACUGGACUUCAGAAAUGGGAAACUACACAGAAGAUGAGAUCUGCCAGCUACCCAACCCCAGCAGAGUUGGAUGCCUUUGCUAAGAAAGUUGCCAACAACCCUCUGACCAUCCAGAUCUUCCCAAACAGUGUCAAAGUACCUCAAAGGAAGCACAUUCGCCGCACAGUCAACGGGCUUGACACAUCCUCGUCCAGUCAACGCCACAGUCCCUACCCCUCUCAGGUCAGCUCCAGUAGGGGCCUUCUGGCUGUCCUCCGUGCACCGGCCAAAGGUGUCAUCAAAGAUUCAGGCGGUAGCCGCGCCCGACAGCUUCACAAAGCAGUCAUGAACCCUCACAGCGGGCCCUACGCCCCUCAAAGCACUUUAAACCUCCCCCAGCCCCCUCCUCACCUGCCCGGCCCGUCUAACUCCGGGGCUCAGGCUGCCCAGAAGCACGGGCAGGUUCAUCCACAGGCGCUCCAGCAGCAGCAGCAGAGCUUGUCCCACCCGAUGACUUUACAGCAGUCACAGACUUUGCCUCACCCGCAGGCUUUACAGCAAAGGAACAUGGCUCACUCACAAGCUCUGCAGCGACAGCAGAGCUUGACCCAGGUUCAGACGUCACAGCAGCAGAGAUUGGCUCUCCCACAAGGCAUACAGAGGCAGCAGAGUCUGCCUCACACACCGGCUCUACAGCAACAGCAGAGCCAGACGUGUCCCCAGGUGGUGCCGCAGCAGCAGCACCUUUCUCAUCUGCAGACACUUAAGCAUCAGACUGCCCCUCAGCAAGCUUUACUCUCACAACAAGGACUGACUCAGGACCUACGCCACAUGUCUGAUGGAGCUCAGCUGUCGAGCCUGCAGCACACCCAGGGUCUCGUUAGCUCACAGCCGCUUCCCCAGGCUAUUGGUGCAGGACCUCCUACAAUGCCUAAUAGCAUCCAGCAACACCCACCAGGGCCGUACGGACCCCGGAAGCUGCCUGACGCAGAUGCUCCACCAAAUGUUACUGUAUCUACCUCCACCAUCCCACUGUCCAUGGCAGCCAGCCUGCAUCAGAACAGGCCUGGCGACCUGAGCAGCAUUGUGCACCAAAUCAACCAGUUGUGCCAGGCACGGGCUGGAAUGGGCACCACCUCCGUCUGUGAGGGACAGAUCGCUAAUCCCAGCCCCAUCAGCCGCAACCUGCUGAUCAAUGCCAGCUCCAGGGUGUCCUCUCACCACCCAGCUCUGGGCUCUGUGCCCCGUUGCCUCAUGGUGGGACCGCCCGACAAAGCUACAGUUCAGACUUCUACUGCUGCUCUCCAUUCACAGCCCACGAUAGCUGCUACUAACAGUAUACCUGCCUUUCACACUGACCCAGAGAAGGUACACCUGCAGCAGCAGCAGCAGCUUCAGCACCAUUUACAUCAGCAGAAACAGCAGCAGCUCCAACAGCACCAACAUUUACAACAACUACAGCAGCUGCAGCAGCAGCGCUCCUGGGCCCAGCAUCAACUGGCCCACAUGCAGCAGCCCCCCGAGGGGGCCCAUCCAUGCAAAAACCCACGGAUGGAGCAUCCGACUGAGUGUUCAUUUCCAUCUGGAAACCUCAGCUAUCCUCACAAGCUGCCCAGCUCAGCGCAGUCCUUUACUCUGAAACACCCUGCAGAGAAACCCCGACCACCAUCGCCUGUUAACUGCCCAGUGGGUUCUAUGCCUUACAUUAAUGGUCACUACAUGCAGCCAUCGUGGGGCAACAUCCCAGCCUCAGCAGGGAACAAUGGGACUGGCUCUCAGGACCUCCCAGUGGCUUUCCAAGGAGGGCAAGCUGCCGCCACAGACCGCAUCCCAGGGGCAAAGUACCGGCCAGGAAAAGAAGGUCCAGCCGGUCAGCCCAAGAUGAUGCAGAAUGUGGAUUUCUUAGGAGGAGACUUCCAGAUGCCCAGUUUUCAGGAGCAGAACAUGGAUGUGAUGCAGAAGAUGCACAGAUCAGCCAUGGGCCAAAAUCAAGAGCCCAACAAUGGCGGGGGUGUCCACAGUCAUCACCCAGGCUACCGCUAAAGCGUGCACUUUCCCCCCCCCCAUGGUGUGUUUUGAGUUUUUCUCAACAGCUGCUUUCAGCUACUGUGGUUACUUCUUUCUGAUCUUGCAAGUGAUCAAUGAUGUUUUAAUGCUCCAGACCUCGGUUCGUUGACUCACCAGGUUGUGAAUUUUCCCAAGUAUUCCUCAGGUGUAAAGCCAUGUCAUACCUUUGUUGCAGAUGAAGGGUUCUUGAGAUUGUUGUCCACUGUUGAGUAUGAUUCCUCUUCCUACAUCACUGGCAUGGAUGUGCUGCUCUCUGUUCAUGUAUGUAUGGUGUUUUUAGAAUAUUGAUUUGCAGCAUUUGAGACUGUGCUCGCCAUAACUGUCAUAGUGCUUUUCCCGAGUCGGGUCGACGUGGAGCGACUCGACUUCUUUUCAGCAUUUGUGGCCUUACGACUGCCCAAAGGCAACAUUAGGAUGUCCUGUGUGAUGUUUUUAUUUGCAUUUAUUUAUCCUCUUAACAGGUUUUAUGAUCCAUUUAAAUAAGAAGGUUACAUGUAUAUGCAACUAAUAAGACUGUUGUUGGGUUUUGACCCUCAGAGCGCUCUCUCUUAGAAAGGUGUGUGUGUUAGUGGGCGCAGGUGAGAGCCACAUCACGACUUCUGAAACUGCACCGCGACCAGUCCUGGUAGCUUUUGCAGGUUCCUGAGGAUAAUUUAAAGUCAGAUCCAGCCAGCACUAGCAGAACAGUCUCAGUGUCUCAGAUUGUGAUCCUCUCUGAAGUUGCAGGUAGUUCUUCUUCUUUGGUUUUGAAGGUCUAAAGUGCUCGUGUGAAAUAUUUAAAGAUGCUUUUGAAGUAGUCGUUCUUUUAUUAGUUUUUUGUAGAUGGUCCUACUUGAAGUGUAGAAAUUGAUUUUUUAAAUGUGAUGCAUAACAUUUUGGUGAAAGGAGUAAGAAGCUCCGUUUUGCCCCUAUUUGUCUGUUGCUAAUGUGAAACCGUUACAUCCCAUAAUAUUAAACUGUAUGUAUUUUCAGUUUGUGAAAAAAAAAGCGAAUUGAUCACUUGCAAGCGUGCAAGCUGGGAACACGCUCAUUUCCCCCCUACCGACACAUUUCCUCAUUAUACUACUGUAUUACCGGUGACCUGACGUGACGUGGACAAUAUCUGUGUGGCUUUCGGUGGGCUGUCUGUUUACUAAUCACUGGCCCUGCGUUGUGUUUCUGCUACCUAUAAGAGCGUUUAAUGCAGGUUCUGUGUUGUGAGAUGUGUCUAGCAUGAAGCUCUGGGCCCAUUUCUUCCUCCAGUCUUUCAGGUUGAUGUUGUCUGGGCGAUCUACUGCUCUGCAUCCUUCUGGUAAAAGCCUUAAAUGUCAAAGAAGUAAUCUUCAUAAUCCUUUUAGCUUAGCUGACUAACGUUACCAGGAUCCCAGAUUCACUUAUAGCGUCAUUGUACUGUUGAUUUUAUGAUUUGGAAACAGGUUCUACUGAUCAGUGGGCGGUGUUAGUACGUCUAGUUAACGGGACUGAGUGAUGUUGCCUUCAAUUUAAAAAAAUGGAGGUAAUAAAGCCGCCUGUUGUGUUGGUGAUCACACGUCUCUCUGUCCAACAUGUCGCCUAUCUAUCGAGGAUUUAAGAUGAUUUUAAGACUAAAAUAUAAAUAGUAUUUAGCAGAAUAAAUAGGUAUGUAGAACAGGGCUGAAGCAGUUAUUUUAAAGUAUUUGAGCUGUGUUUUAGUUGUUAUACUUAUUAAAUAUCCUUAUAUAGUUUAAUUUAUUGUUUUUGGACCACUGCAUCCUGAAGCCAUAGGUGUUUUCAUGUUAGGUGCCAUAGAUGACACACAGACAGUGGAACCUGAGAGGCAAAUAAGUUGGCAACCACGCUUUAAUCUGAUGUCUCUCACAUCGCUGAGCUUUUCUCCUCAGAGUACAGGACAGGGGGAACAAAAAAGGGAGGAAAGGUGUCGAGGCGAGGCGAGGCAUGUGAGCGGUAGCUUUUCUGGAUUCUGGUCUUCACUCUUGGUGGCAGUUUUUCUUUAAUUUCCUGGCUCUCGUUUUUUGAUGUGCCUGCCCCUUAAAGCUGCUAUUGACUCUAAUCUUAACACACACUACUCUUGAUUGGUGUGUGCGUGUGUAUGAAUAGUAAAUGUUUUCUGGGCUGUAUCGGUGAAAACAAGUCUCCGCUCAUGGGACGGUCGCAGGGUGAAAAUGCAUCAGACUCUGGUAACUGUGGUCACGUUUACAGGAAGUAAUUCUUGAUGUGUGAUCAGGAGUCUGACCUCCAGUGGCCUAAAGACGGACACCCUCCAGGCCUAUUUUAGUUCCUUCAUUUAAAGCAACACUAAACGAUUUGAAAGUCUGCCCCAUUCAUUUUGAACUGCCUCGUUAAAGCCCGGUAUAGUCAGGUUCUACAGUUUCAUAUGAAGUGCCUCCACUGGGCUCAGUAUGGAAAAGUGUGUGAGUGGGUGCUUGCGUGUGUGUAUGUUAAGCUUGGGUACUUGCACACUAAGUUAAUCUAUGAUGGGGGACCAAGCUACUUAGUGUAACUACUGAUACUGUGUCAUGGACUGAUGUCCUGAAGUGUGCCACGAUUCCCAGACACUGUCGGGAUGUGUGAACUGUUUGCUGCUGACUCACUGACCAAAGUGACCAAGCGUCCCUCUCCGUAACCACCCGGCCAAAAAGCUGCGGCGAGGAAACUCGUGAUGUUCCAACAGUAAUAAGAGGCAACCCGGUGACAUACAGGAGAGCUGCUGCUGCUGCUGCUGCUGCUGCUGCUGCUGCUGCCCCUCGUUUGGACGGUCAAAGAAGCGUGUGAAGUGUAAAGAUGUGAACAGAGCAUUAACAAAUCUAGAGUGGGUUGUUCCUGCCUGCACGUUACACCCAAAGUGGGAUUCAGAUGUACGCAGAAGUUUGUUUGGUGGUUUUUAAUUUACAGUAUUAUCCUGCAGGAUAAGUUAGUCAAUACGCACUGUAAGAAUUUAUCUACUUAAGCACAUUGUAGCUCACCGUGUCAGACGACUCAGAUGGCAAUAUUUAUUGGGGCACAGGCAUUAAACAAUUCUCUCUAGAUUUAUUUUAUCUCCUAAAUAAAGUGAUGCUCUCUGCUCGUCAGAGAGGCGUCAUGUUGUGAACGGUGGUGGAGGGGGGCUUACUUUCUCUACUUUGUGAAAUGUGAUAUUCCAGUUUUGCCUAAACUUCAGGAAUAAAAUGUCUUGCACAAACAUUCCCCCUAACCAAAAUAAAGUUUGCAAACACAAA